CAAUAUCUUGGAGCGCAUUCUACUUCUACAUCUCUCUCUCGCAUUGCUCGCUGCUCUUACUUUUGCUCUUGCACUGGAUCACAUCUAUCGACCUCUUCGUCAGUUUGUAUCCCGUCGGUCGGCCUCAUCGCCGCCCAAUCCAGUCCGCCGCAACUGAAACCCCACGCGCCAUCCACCAUUCCAUUCCGCGUCGCGACUCAAAUUCCUUCUCCCCCCAUCUCAUCAACUGCCAUGUCGACGCGCCCGCGCGUCGCCGUCGUCGGCUCUGGCCUCGCCGGCCUCGCCACCGCCUACCUCCUCACCAAGGAGGGCGCAGAUGUAUGGCUGGUUGACAAGGCCCCGCGCCUUGGUUUCCACGCAUGGAGCGUCGAGCUUGAGCCAACAUCGUCCGCGUCUGACUCAGAGACCAACGCUCUUGCGCUCGACAUCAAUAAGCGCCCAGCGUCAUCUGCGUCGGAGGGCUCUCGCGCAGUCGAUGUCCCCAUGCGCUCCUUCCAGGGCGGGUACUACCCUCUUCUCAUCGCGCUUUACCGUCACCUCGGCCUGCCCCUCUCCUCCGCCGCGUUCACCUUCUCCUUCGCGUCUCUGCCAUCGGGUCGUGACCUGAACGCCGAUGACACCUACUUCAUCCACUCAGGAGCGUCGGGCGCCUCCCUCCCGUCUAUGCCGGCGCAGGCAUGGCGUUCCCCCGUCGCUUUCGUGCGCGGCUUCCUCACCCUUCUCGGCGUCGGACUUUGCUACGUAGUUCUCCUUACACUCUCCUUCGCAAGUUGGCACGGUUUGCUAGGCUCCAUUACCUACCGCCAGCUCGUCGACGCCGUCACAGCGCGCUUGGAGCAGCCCAUCGCCUUCAUCCCCCUCCGCACACCCCUCGGACGCGCAUUCCGGAAUUUUGCAACCGAUAUCGUCCUCCCGCUCUUCAGCGCAGUUGGCACCAUGACCGCCGACGAUGUGUGGGACACUCGUGCCGACGUCCUUCUCGACUACAUCCACGCCGGUGUCGGCACGAGCCACUACACUCUCGGCGGCGGGAUGAGUGCGCGCGACGUCGCGCGCCUCCUCGCCGAGCCGGUGCGCGCGCAGGGUGAGGACCACGUGCGCCUCGGCACUGGAAUCAAGUCGAUCACGUACUCUGAUGACGGACUCACCCUUUCGCUCGACGACGACGCCAAGCUGGAAGUCGACCGCGUCGUCGUCGCUACGCAGGCAAGCGCCGCCCGCGCCCUCCUGUCCACUCUCGAGCCCAGCCUCCCCGCGGCCGAAGGCAAACGCGUCGCACGCAUGCGCCAGGCUCUCGCGCACGUGCAUUACCGGGACACGAUCGUCGUCACUCACCGCGACCGCUCCGUGCUCCCCGCCACCCCCGACAUCCGUGACAUCAACCUUGUGCAGCCAGCGCCCCGCGAAUCAGCAGGCGACGACACGCCCGAGCUGGCCUCGUGCGCGUCCAGCGCGCCUUCGUCUCCCUGCCCCUCUCCCGCGGAGGUCACGCCCUUCUUCGCCCCCGAGCUCGGGUACACUAUGGCGACGCACGUUGUCGCGCCCCCCGGUGUCGAGCCCGUGCUGCAGACCACGAACCCGGCCGUGCCCAUCGGCGGCGAGCUGCUCGGCGUUGCGCGUCUCGAGCGCGCCCUGCCGCUCGCGGACGACGGGAUUAUCUCUGGCCUCCGCCCCGCCGGCGCGGGCGCAGCCAAGCCCCGCGUCUUCCUUGCUGGCUCGUACGCUUAUCCCGGUAUUCCGCUGCUCGAGGGGUGUGUCGGUAGCGCCCGCCGCGUAGUGGAGGACAUGAUGGGUCGUGAGGUGCGCAGCGUCGACUGGGAAGCCGGGCGAGGGUCCCUCGCGGGCCGUGCGUGGCGGUGGAGGUGGAGCCCGCGGGCCGGGGGGUACUAGGGUGGAUUAGAGGAUGAUAGAGUUAAUGCUAGAGAUAUAAAUGUUGUCCGUAAUGUCAG